UUCUGCUCUCUGAGCCCUACUGACUGCUUGCUGAAAACUGCGUGGUGCCAGAGUUCCCUGACGUCCGGUUGCUAUCUGUGGAGGAUGUUUGCAGUGGUCCAGAAGGAGGAGAUUUUUCAUGACAUAGUUUUCAAACACUUCAAAGAAAAUAAACUGGAGAUAGCAAAUGCAAUAACACAGCCAUUUCCUUUCCUAGAAAACCUUAGAGAUCAAUCCUUUAUCACCGACAAAAUCUAUACCGAUUCUCAUGAAGCUUGUAGAAACAUGAUUCCUGUGGAAAGAGUGGCGUAUCACAUUCUCUGUCACCUUGAGAAGUCGUUUGAUUGGUCAGUUAUACAAGCCCUGUUCAGCAAAAUUCACCUGAAAGAGUACCCUGGCUUAGUUCAGAUUCACAGAAGCUUUGAAGAUGUACUCCAAGAAAAAUAUUUUCCCCAGAAAAUCGAUGGAGAACAGAAGCAAAAAACAUCCAGUACUCAGCAGAGCUAUGAACAAGGAACAGAUGGAAACUCUGUUUCACAAACUCUCAGGUGGUCUCACUCGGAGCCCUUGCCUUCCGAUGGUCCUGGUGAACUCAGUGCUGCCCAAAUGAAAAAGGAGGAAGCGUUAGAAGAAAUGUCCAGCUUACCGCCUCGUAGCAGAAGAGGGAGGACGAGACACAAUUAUGGCAAUGUGUGUGUAGAGUGCCACCAGAAGUCACAGACAAGGCAGAAUCGAGUGACUGAAAUCAUUGUCAUCAGCAGUGAGGACUCAGAAUCCAAUGAGGAGGAAGACUCCACAGAGAUUUCCAGCUCAGCCCUGAGACAUGGAACAUGGGUAGGUGAAGACGGUGAGGACUGCCUGCCCCAGACCCCAGAACCUCAGGCUUCUGAGCUCAAAUCUCCACUUGCUAACAUACGUCCCUUGGAGGGUGCUGAGCAGGGCCCAGUUAACCCUGGGUUCCUGUUCUCUGCCCACGUCUCACCUGACACUGUGGUAACUGUGGAGAGGCAAGGAAAUAUCCAUUAAUUUUCUUCUCACUGUUGACCUCAGAGUGGAGAACAGAUAGUGUAUUGUUUUGUUUGUUUGUUUGUAUUUGUUUCUACCUUUCCUAAGACAUACAUAUGAUGGUAUAACAAAGAAGAUUUUAUCUUGGCGCAGAGCUCCCUGAACCCUUGGAAUUUCCUAAACGUCUCUUAAAAAUCAAUCACAUGAUUGAAGAGUUAAGUCAUUCAGUGCCAAGUCUUGGCCUCUGGUUAGAAGAAGGGAUGGGGGAUUGAAUAAAUCAGUGAUGAGCAGUAAUUUUGUUAAUUCUGCCUACAUAGUGAAAAUUCUUUUUUUUCCUUUUUUUUUUUUUUUUUUUUUUUUUUUUUUUUUUUUUUGUCUUUUUCGUUUUUAUCGGUACCAGGGAUCGAACUCACAACUGCCUGCUUGCAAGGCAGGCGCUUAUGCUGCUGAGCUAAAUCCCCAGCCCCACAUAGUGAAAAUUCUGUUAAAAGCUCCUAAGCAAUGAGGUUUGGGUGGGGGUUUCUGAGUUGGUGACCACGUUGAUGUGCUGGGAGACAAGAGGGGAUUUUCCCUGGAGAUCUUCCUGGUUCUAUUUUUUAUAGUACAACUCUAAUAAUAGGCAAAGCACUUCUCUGAGUUCUGUGAGCUAUUUCAGUCUCUUAAUCUGAGGAAGGGAGAGCCCUGGGUACCCCCAAAUUUGCUAGUUAUAGACAGAAAUGUGAAUGACCAAUUGCAUCUGUACAAUCUGAGAAGUCUUAUCAUCCAGCCACUGGCCUCUCUGGGCUGUCACUGAUAAUGAUGGAUCAGGUCAUGACUUUCACAUUUCAGUGAAGUGACUCCUUAACAUCUCAUGUCUUUUCAUCCCUACCUGAUUUUUGGACAGUAACAGUUAUCAAGACAUAUAAAGAGUUUCACCCACUUGUGGCUGGGAUCCAAAGUGAGGCAGUCUUAUGGGACUGAGUUCUGAACUUGUGGGGAAAUCUGGGGAGUUAAUGUCAGAAUGGAGUUGAAUGGUUGGAUACUCUUAUUGGUGUCAGGAAAUGGAAGAAUCGACUGAUGUUAGAAUGAUACUGGAAAUGGCACUGUAGAAAGAUAGCAUCUUACUUUUCAUACCGAAGCCUUCAGUUUGUGAUUGAGCUCCACCUCAAUCACACAUAGACAGCAAAAAAGUUAGGUGACUUUGUAAUAUUGUUGUAAUAUUGGCCAUGUAAUAUUGUCACUGGGAACUUGGAAAAAACCUUAAAAACUAGUCUUUUUCAUAGGUGCUGUCUGACAUGUCACUGGUUUAUAUUUUCAGAAAUAGUUUUUUAGGGUGUGAGCAUCGGGUUCAGUGGAAGAGCACUGGCCUAGUAUGCACAAGGCCUGGGUUUGAUUUCUACCACUGCAAGAACUUUUUUUUUUUUUUGUAUUUUUACAACAUCCAUAAGGAGUAGGCAGGAUAAUUGUUGUUGUCUUAGUUUGAAAGAUGAGGAAACAUAAGCGUGUUAAUGGGUUUUUUUUUUUUUUUUUUUUGGCUUUUUUGUUUUUACUGGUACCAGGGAUCGAACUCACGACUGCCUGCUUUCAAGGCAGGCGCUUAUGCCGCCGAGCUAAAUCCCCAGCCCCAAGCCCAUUAAUGUUUAAAGAUCUUUUAUAAAGUAACAAGGACAGAAAAGAUAGCCUAGAUGACUGGAUCUCAAUUCAACAGAUAUCUCUUUCUUUAGAAGGAAAAAUAAUAAGCAAACAUGACUGUAGUGUUUUGGCUGCAAACAUGGCUGUUGCAGGAUUUAUGAGUUAUAUUAAGUGAUUAUUGUGACUGGAAUUUUGAAAAUUUAAAACUAGCAUCCUGAUAUCAUAUUGAAACAAGAUAUACUCAUCCUGCCCACCAUGUAGCUGGACUGCUAAACCUGGUCAGCCUUGACUGGCCCACCCCGUUGCUUUACAUAGAUGUGGUCAGACCAUGUCCAUGACCAUGGCCAGCUACACUAUUUGUACUUUCCCUCCUAAAACUAUAUUGUUUUUCUAACAUAUUUUGAGGACUUCCACCCAGCAAAUGGAAAUGACUAACUUAAUGAAAACCUACUUUUAAAUUUCUAUAUUUCCUGCUUGCAAACCUUAUAUAAGCUAAACCCAAAACUGACUCAGGGUUGGUGAUUUGAAAGUGGUUUCCAUCAGCCCACCGGCAUAAUAAACAGUGGUCCUCCAGCUCCUUGGUGUGGAGAGCCUUCCUUUCAGUUUGGUACCAAUUAUGCUACAUUACUAUUUAAAUUUCUUGUCCAUGGAUUUUAGGAACAAAAUUAAUUUGGAAAUUCAGAGUAGGUGUAUUAGAUCAAUAAGAGCACUCAGUGUCAAAAUGUACAUUUUUUACUACAAAAGAUUCAAUUUAAU